CCCAUCCAGUACUCCAGCAACGGAUUCUAUAUCCGCAAGAGGUCCCUCGUCAUGUGACUAACCUCAGCCCUUCCUGCCUCCCAAGAGGAACAAUAUAGGCACCAUCCGCGCGGUCUCUGACUUCGAACUCGCUCGUUCCUUCCCGAUCGGCGAGACGGCCACGUUCGCCGAGAUCGCGACCACCGCUGGACUUCCGGAGCAGAAAGUACGUCGGAUCAUCCGCCAUGCUGCGACCGAGGGGAUCUUUCGCGAGGAGCCACAGGGGGUCGUGAGGCACACGGCCGCGUCGCGGAUGCUGGCGGAGAACCGGGUGAUGCGCGAUUACAUCGACGUUCACUAUAGAGAGAUGCUUCCCGCGAUGAAAGAGGUCUGCAUAGCAUUCCCCCCUGCACGGCCCCUUCGGAUCUGUUCCGUGAUCAUUUCGGACCUCUGACAUGACCAUUCUCAACGUGAAACAGACCCCAACCGCCUUGCGCAAAUGGCCCAACGCCACCGAUCCCGCCCAAACGGGCUUCUCGCUCUCGCAGCCCCCGACCCAUCCCACCUUCUUUCAAUACCUGACCACCCAGCCCGACCGCGCGCGGGUCUUUGCCUCGGCCAUGUCGACCUACAGCACCGGGCCCGAGAAUGACGUGAGCCACCUCCGCGACGGUUACGACUGGGCAUCCAUAUGCGGCAGCGGCGCCGGCGGCGGAGGGGGCGUGGUCGUCGACGUCGGGGGCUCGACGGGGUACGUUUCGCUGGCCCUCGCGCAGACAUUCCCGGCCCUACGUUUCGUCGUUCAGGACACGGCGCCCACCAUCGCUCAGGCGCCCGCCGCGACUGCUCCACCUGGGGAGCACAGUCGGGUGCAGUUCAUGGCGCACGACUUCUUCGCCGACCAGCCCGUCCACGGGGCGGACGUGUACCUGCUGCGCAUGGUGCUGCAUGAUUUUGGGGACGCGGACUGCGUGCGCAUCCUGCGCGCGCUGGUGCCCGCGCUGCGGGACGGGGGCCGGGUGGUGCUGAAUGAGUUCUGCUUGCCUGAGCCCGGCUCGGUGGGGUUGUUGGAAGAGAAGCAUAUCCGAACAAUGGACAUGAACAUGCUCAGCCUGUUCAAUUCCCGUGAGCGUGACGCAGCAGACUGGCGGGCGCUGUUCGCGCAGGCCGACCCCCGCUUCCGGUGGCGGGGCGUCACCAAACCGGCGGGCUCGAACCUCUCCGUCAUUCAGGUGUCGUGGUCGUCCCCAAGUGCCGAGUGAGGUGCGUGGAGUGGAUCUU